AUUUCUUUACAUAUCUUUUAUACCUUCUCUUUUCAGACAUAAACAUGGAUAAACUACUACAACUUGAAAGUCCCUUGUUUUACAACGAGGUAGCCACUAUAAACAAAAAAGUUUUUGAAAAAAUACGUGCUCUUGAGGAAUCCUUUUUAACUUGGAUGGACGAAGUUUUGGAGGAUGCUAGAAAAGUUUUUAAUCAGUCAGAUAAUGUAGGUCUCUUGCCAAAGACUCCAUCAGCGAAACGAAAGGGUAGACAAAAAAAGAAGUCUAACCAGACUUCACGUAGAAAGCUACAGGUUGAAGAAGAUGAAGAUGAUUAUGUAGCUCCACAAGAAAAAGAAAAACCUCAAGCAUCAAAACUAACACGAAGCGUGUUCAAGCUGCUUGUCAUCAGACACAGCGAAGGAUUUUUGAUAUAUAGAACAUUCAAACUAAAGUUAGAAUACUGCGAGACGGUGACUGAGACUUGGAUUCAGUCAGCAAGCAAGACAAUCAAACCUCCAACAAAAACAAGCGCUUCACCUAAAUCAGUUACAAAAACGCCAUCAGUCAAAGAUUCUCUCGAUGGAGCAUCUCCGUCAACUAAAGAAAACAGCUUAAUGACCUAA